AUGGUUAGGGAUGGGCAGGCAGUUCCAGCAUUUUCUCAUUUACAAAAUUUGUUCAUAUGGGGUUCUCGAUGUCAACACCUUUGGAAGAACAUUCCGCGUGGAUUCCAGGGCUUCCAAAACUUAAGAUAUUUAAAAAUAGAAGAUGGUCGUGAUCUCCAGUAUGUGUUCCCACAUUCAAUUGCCAGGCUACUUGUGAAUCUUGAAGAGCUCAACAUAGCGCAAUGCUGGGAAAUGGAAACUAUAGUCAGAUCUGCAGAUGAAAAUGAAAAAGAGGAUCAGACGAGCGUGACUUUGUUUCCCAAACUAAAUAGUUUUGAUCUAGACGCGCUUCCGAGUCUUGAGAGUCUUUGUCCUGAUGCUUCUACUUCUUUAUGUUCAACCGCCAAAGUUAUGUCUGUGAAAAGCUGCGACAAACUGAAGACAUUGGCUUCAGUAAUUCCACAGAUAAAAAAGUUGGAGAAAGAUUCAACAGCUCAUCACGAAGAUGAAGACGAAGGUAUUUCAUCAGGAUCAUGUGGAUGUACACCUUAUUCAUGUGGCCCAAUGACCAAACCAACUUCAAGAAGAAAUAUUGUUCAAAUAUUGCCACGUCCAGUCAAUCAAGAGGUUGCACCAACAAAUCUUGAUCAAGACUCAAACAAUUACGAUAAUCUAGAACGUCUUUCUGUACAAUCUUGUGAGUCAUUGGAAGUUGUUUUCCAACUCAAGGGACCAAAGGCUGUGGAAAGCCACAAUGUUAAAGCAUUCAAUAAGUUGUGUUACUUGCUAUUAGACGAAUUGCCAAGUUUAAUGCACGUAUGGGAAACGGGCGGUUCACCUCAUAUCACAGGCUUUGGAAACUUAACAUUCUUAAGUGUAUCCCACUGUGGCAGUUUGCGAUAUUUGUUCUUGUCAACUGUAGCCAAGCUCCUUAUCAGUUUAAAGGACUUAAAAGUUGGGAAUUGUGAGAAGAUUGAACAAGUUAUUGCAGAAGCAGAUACUGAAUGUGUUGACCAAGAAAUUACAUUUCGUCAACUGAAUUCCAUAACGCUUGAAGAUCUACCAAACCUCAUUUGUUUCUCUAUUGAAGCUUAUACUUUGAAGUUUCCAUGUUUGAGGGAAUUGAAGGUUAUAAGAUGUCCAGAUUUAAGGACAUUUGCUUCUAAGGUUGUCAGCGCACAUUCUGUAAUCAAAGUACAGACAGAGUUCGGAAAGUCUGAGUGGAUGGGGGACCUCAAUAGCACUAUAGGGAACAUUCAUGAAAAAAGGGAAACACAGAGAAGUGCAGAGCACAUUGAUGAGGAGGUUUGAGUUCUGUUCUGAAGAAUUUUAUGAGGAUGUGCAUACAGACUCUACAAAGUGAGUUCUUGAAGUUUGGGAUAGCAAGUUGCAAUUUCACAUCUCUAACCUCAUCAAUUCUUGAGAAACAAUCCCAUUUCAAUUC